AUGUCGUCAUUCCAGUGUCCUUCAUGCGGCAAAGGCGGUUUCAAGAACGACGUCGCUGUUGCUCGUCACAUGAGCCAACCUCGUUCUGGGUGCAGUACGUGGCUGCAGGAUUUGGCAUGCUUUCGCCCCGAGUCUGAUGACUCUCGUAUGGACUCGGAUGAUGAACCAAAUAUUUCCAUGGAUAUGGACGAUGGACCGAAUAUACCCAACAUCGAGUCUGGUGGUUUUGGGGAUUGGGAUGAGAUGUCUCGAGGGAGUACUGGUGGUAUUAUCGACUCAUAUCCUGACUGCGCUCAAACAUACGGCAAGGGCUACACGUUCCUCGAUCUAUUCAAUUCCGACAAUAACAGCAAACACCGUGCAAUGAAUCCGUAUUACCCAUUCAGCAGCCGGAAAGACUGGGAAGUUGGGUCGUGGCUCCUUCGCUCAGGAUUGAGCAUGGGGAAGAUAGACAGUUUUCUUUCACUCGAGAUGAUAAAGACCCUUCCGUUGUCAUUCCUUUCGGCCAAGGAACUUCGCAGUAGAGCGGAAAUGUUGCCCAGCGGUCCGCGCUGGAUGUCUCAAAUCAUACCUACAAAAUUUCCUACGAAAUUGCCCGUUGUGUUGUAUUGGCGCGAUCCCCUGGAUUGUAUUUCAAGCCUUCUCAACCAUCCUGCCUUUCAUGAUCAGCUGGACUUUACGCCUCGCAGGGUGUAUACCACUGCACAGAGGUUGUGUCGCGUGUUCUCGGAAUGGGCGACAGGUGAUGACGCGUGGAAUAUGCAGUCAGCCCUACCAAAAGGUGCAACACUCCUUGGGACCAUCUUAUCAUCUGACAAGACGAAUGUAUCGACCAUGACGGGCGACAGAGUUGCACAUCCCCUUCUCGUUAGCCUUGCUAACAUACACAUGUCUACCCGACUCAAAUCGUCUUCGAAUGCCUUUGUCCUUACUGCUCUACUCCCCGUCCCAAAAUUCAUCUACAAGAAGAAACGCAUGCGAGGUGUACUUGAGGAUCGCCUCAUUCACAAAUGCUUGGAUAUAGUUCUACGUCCACUCAAGGUAGCCGCCCGCGAAGGGGUCAUGCUGUCAGAUCCUAUCGGACACACAACUACACUCUCCCAGCUGGCUACUGCACGGAGUAAAGUUGAUCCCGAUGACAUUGAGGCUUUUUUCCGUGAGGCCCAGAAGUUUCGUCUGAAUGGCGUCAACACACCAUUCUGGCUAGAUUGGCCCCUCAGUGAUCCAUCACACUUUCUUACUCCCGAGUUUCUUCACCUCAUCCAUCACGAGUUCUACGACCACGAUGUAAAGUGGCUCAUUUGCGCAGUCGGUGACACAGAGAUCGAUUUUCGGUUCUCUGUGUUGCAGGUCAUCACUGGGUUCCGUCAUUUUCAUGGCGGGAUUUCAAAACUUAAACAGGUUACAGGACGCGCUCAAUGCGACAUCCAGCGCUCAAUUGUCGCGGUCAGCGCGGACGCAGUACCUAGCACCGUGAUGGCUGCCGUACGAGCUCUCAUGGACUUUCGGUACCUCGUACAGUCACCCGUAAUCGAUGACAUCCAACUCACCCGUAUUUCCACGGCCCUUGAAGAAUUUCACGCCAACAAAGAUGCAAUUAUAGAUGGCGGAUUUCGUCGUGGUCAGCGUGGUGGAGUCAUUGAGAACUGGUACAUACCAAAGCUGGAGCUCAUGCAGUCCAUAGUUCCGAGCAUAAGGAACACUGGAGUUUCUCUGCAAUGGACCGCCGACACCACCGAACAUGUGCACAUAACGGAAAUCAAGGAUCCUGCUCACUCCAGCAACAACAACAACUACGAUCCCCAGAUAUGUCGCCAUCUUGACCGUACCGAUAAGUGCCGCCGCUUUGACCUCGCUAUGAGUCUGCUUAACAAUAUGGCAGACUCGAAGCGGCAGGGUUCAGAUGACGUUGGCGAUGUCAAUGACAACGUUGAUCUCGAUGCAGACGACGAUCACGACGAUGGCGAUGUUGAUUUCGACGCAGAUGUCGAUCAUGAUAUCCCACACCUUCUAGCGAUGAACAAAUACCCUGGGCAUUCACGUCCGACCACUAAUUACUUCGAAAUUGCCAAGGUCCUUCAGCACAGGGAAGCGGGAACAGUCCCUGUGCCAUUGCGCUCGUUCGUUAUUGAAUGCACAGCGUUCCACCUCGCCUACGACCCAUCCAUCAGAAAUAUAUCUGUUGACGAUGCUGCCAUUAAGUUUGGCCUUCCCGACUUACGACCAGCCAUUGCCGACUUUCUUCGUCGUGAGGAUACUCACGGGAGGGAUCACAUCCAUACUAUUGGGGGGGCUAGAAGAGCUGGACCCACUACUCCACUUCCCUUCGACAAACUACAAGUCUGGUUUAAGCUUCGGCUCCAGGACACCGAUUUUCAUGAUAUCAGCACCAUACGGCCUGCACAGACCCUCAACUGCGCACCCCCUUCUGAUCCCUGGACCUCUGGCCGGUAUGACACAGCCAUCAUCAAUAACGAGGCGAGAUGUGUAUGGCCCACAGAUGGUCUUCACGGUAUGUUAUUCUUACAUUGUACUGAAUAUUUACUUAUUGUCAAGUCUGGCACAAAUUGGUCAUGGAAGGACCGCUUUCUGGUAUAUGUACAUUGCUUUGACAUUGUUCCCCAAAGCUCCGGUACCAAUGAUCAUGAGCCAAGUACGCAGCUCCACUUGCUCAAACGAGCGAAGCGUUCAAAUGGUACUCGGGUGGGUGACAUCAUGCCUGUGACACAGCUCAGAGCACUUGUCAACCUCGUCCCUCGCUUCGGUGCAAGUGCGGACAACCGCCUCACCCCAUAUAAUAGCAUGGAACAUGCUUCGCAGUUUUGGCUCAACAAGUAUUGGGACAAGAACUCAUAUUUUCCUCUUUCCAUGUAA